AUGGUCGAUUGUCUCUCAUGUCAGAGUUGUUGUGGAAGUUUACGUUCAUCUAAACUUUAUCCAAAAGAAAAACGUCCAUUAUCGCGAAAACGUGCUGCACAACAACUUUAUCUACAAAAACAAAUUCAGAACAGUAAUGUCGAUAAAAGUACAUUUUCAUGUGACAGUUUAAGUUGUGUAAGUAGUAAUGUACAGUCAAGAAAGAAACAACAUAAUGUUAAUAAUAAUAAUAACAAUAAUAAUAACAAUAAUACAUCAUCGAGACCAACGACAGAUGAACAAAAUCAUCUACUUGAAUUUUAUGUCUUUGAUGUUAGUCAUAAACGUAAUUUUAGUUUAACAAAUGAUUUAAAUGAUAAACGUUUAAUUAUUUUUUAUGAUAUUUCCAAUGGGUUAUAUACAAUUGGAAUCAGAAAUGGUAAGUUAAAUACUGUUUGAUUUUUUUUUGUUAUAUUAUUAGAAAAGAAAAGAUAGUUUGAUUAUUUGCUAUUUUUUUUUGUCUAUUCAAUUAACUGUUUGUCAUUGAAGCAGAUAGUAUAAUGUGAUUCAGUAAAUGUGUACUACCCACUCCGGCAUUCGGGGAUGACUGAAUGCUGCUCUUUUCUUUUCUCGUUCUGUUUCUUCCUUCGUUCUUUCUUUUCUUUUGACAUUUUGCCCGUGAACAACAUCACACGCGACUACAAUAAUAGAAAAAAUACGCUUAACCGACAUCUAA